AUGAGUCAGCAAAAGAAAAAAUGUGUGAAAAAAAAAUAUGAAUUACAAGAAAAUGAGUUAGAUUUUAAAAAGCAAAAAGCUGAUCAAGAAUUAGCAAUUGAAAAAGAUAAAUUAGAAUUGAAAAAUUUAGAACACAAGCAGAG